AAAGGUUGGCUGCAGACCAAAUAUUCACAGCCAGGCCAGGAAGAUGGAGAUGUCCGAGGAAAAAAGUUUAAAAACACAGAGAAAAGUGGCUUAUAGGGAGUCAUCACUGCACAUGAAUUAUCUCUACCAGCUUGCAACAUGUACCCUGGCUCAGAACCCAGAAAACACCAAUUUGGUCAGGUUUUAUUUACAAACCAUGCAGUCCAUUGCCAAGAAACUUGUUUUAAGGAUAGACCCGAGCAUCAAACGUACUCUAUGCAAGAAAUGUUACAUGCUGUUAGUCCCUGGAAUCACUGCAACAGUUCGCAUCAAGAGUAAAAAGAGCAGACAAAGGCACACAGUCGUCCAAUGCUUGGAAUGUAAGGCACUAAAGAGGUUCAACUCUAAUUCUGAUUAUAAGUUGUGGACAGAACAAAAUGAGGCUUGGGUUGUGAAGAAAAAUCCAGAAAAAGUGGAGACACCAUCUUCAACGACAAGCAAGAAAGAUAAAACUUUAAGCAAAGGCAUGGAGGCUGAGAAAUCCAUGCCUUUGAGCACAGACGAAGGACCCUCCUCUUCUGGGAACAUGGCAUCAACUGUUGGCAAAAACAUUGCAGCUGAGAGGACCCCUGUGGAGCAAGUUGAAACACCAUGCACAUCCACACCUCACAGGAAAGACGAAAAUAAUGAAGUGUCUUCUUCAUCUACAAAUGACAAUGAAAUUGCAUCAACACCUCGGGGAAACGAAGAGUCUUCUCGAUCCUCCAGCAUGGACACUGGAUGAGGACUUAGUGUGAAUUAAGUUUGAUACUUCGUGUAACUCAAUCAGACCUACCUGGCUCCUGCCUGUGGACAUUUCGUUUCUGGACCCAAAAGGGACAAUGAGUUACGUUCCCUAAACAACAUGACAGCGCAUCACCGUUUCUGCAAAAGUUUUGAUAGAGUUACGUGACUGGGGAUGAAGCGAUCAAGAAAGUCAAAUCUGCAGUCUCUGUUACACCUAAACUGAUAGUAGAUAGAAAACAUUAAAAUUUGUUACAGUUUGAUAAAGAAUUCAGUUCAUUAUUCACGAUUUA